AAUCAAAUUGUCUUUUGAGAGAGCGUGGUUUGCAUUUAUUGUGCAUUGUUAAAUAACUAGGGUCAGUUACAGUGAGGCAAUGACCCAGCCUCCAUCUCAGGUUACAACUUGCAUGUAGCAUUCUCCUCGGCCACCUCCUCUCCCGCUUCUUUCCAGCACAACUUCUGCUUAAGUGGUAUUGACCUUCCUUGCUUUCAUCAGUGAGCCUCUUCGGCCUCUGUUUACUUGUUUAGUUUGUCAGGCUUAGCCUUCAUUUUUCAGAGCCAUAAUCUGCCACCCUGUAACUGGAUUUUGUUGGGAAUUAGGGGGAUCUGGAGAUCUGCAAAGGCAGCCGUCAUCCCUGAUUUCUUAUUUCUUACUUGUCUGGAGUGGCUGGUUUCCUCUUAACAGGCUGGAGUGAGGGUUUGGUGGCGUGCCCCGGCCAUGGAUCACUCCCUUUUUGAUUAUCUCCGCAGCCCUCACACACCCGCUCAGGACCUGCUUCCUGCCAUUACGCAGUUGCCUCUACUCAGCCACAGUAACUUCUCACCUCCCUGUGGCUACCAUAGAGGAGAGGACAAUGACAUUCUUGAUGAUACAGCUCAGCAGGUCCAACCUCACCAGCAGCAGCACCAGUCCUUCCCCCCUCAGCAAGAAAAUGACCCGUGGCACAUCUCUCAGCAGAUUCCCUCUCCUAGCGCUCCGAAAAGUACCAGUUUGCCACCACUCGAGAACCCCGCUUCGGAAUUGUGCUCCGGGGAUCUAAAUGUGUGUGGUACCAAACCCAGUGGGGAACCUACGGCAACAUCCUGUGAGGAGUACAGCCAAAAGAGUCUGUCAUCGGAGGAAGCUGACAGAAUGACUCCCAAAGAGUCCCAAGACGGGGGCUAUAAGUCAGACAUGAUCAACAAGCCCAGAAAGGAACGCACAGCCUUCUCAAAAGAACAGAUUCGGGAACUGGAGUCCGAAUUUGCUCACCACAACUAUUUGACCAGACUGAGACGCUAUGAAAUAGCAGUCAACCUCGACCUCACGGAACGACAAGUGAAGGUGUGGUUCCAGAACAGGAGGAUGAAGUGGAAGCGUGUUAAGUGUGGCCAACAGGGGGCAGAAGCACUUGAAAGAGAACUAAAGAAUGUCAGAAAGGGGAUAUUGUUGCCGGCAGAGAUUUCGGGUAUUGAGGGACUACAAUGCUCAGCGAGCUCACCAAGAACAAUGACUGAUGAUGAGAGCCCAGACAGCGACCUGAGCUCAGAAAAUCCUUACCUAUGACAUUCUUUGGUUUCGUCCUCAAGAAGGUUUUGCUGGAUGGUGUACAAUAUAGGAGAGUCUGUUCAAACAUUUUACUGUGUGUACUGUAUGACAUUCCUUUUAAAAAUGUCUACCGUAUGAUAUAACCUGCUAUAAGGGGUCAUCUGCGCCCUGUGACACCAUCAAGUGUCAGUUCUUGGACCCCUCCUGUUCAGCCUGCAUAUGCUACCCUUGGGUCAAAUUCUUCAGAAAUUUAAUUUUGAGUAUCAUAGCUAUGCAGAUGACACACAGUUAUACCUAGCAGUGUCUCCAGAUGACUACAGUUCAAUUGAGGUGUUGUGUCACUGUCUAAACAGAUAAAAAAGUGGAUGAGCCAAAAUGUUCUUCAAUUAAACCACAACACAACUGAGAUAAUUGUUUUUGGCAAUAAAGAAAAGAGGAUUGCUGCGUGUAAAUACCUGGAGUCACUCUUUUUAAAAACCAAAGACCAAGUCCGAAACCUUGGUGUACUGAUUCUGACUCUGACCUGGCUUUCAUCAGUCAUAUCAAAUCAAAUACUAAAAGCGCCUUCUACCAUCUGAAGAACAUAUCCAGAGUGAAGGCUUCCAUGUGCCAAGCAGACCAGGAGAAGCUCAUCCAUGCUUUUAUCUCCAGUAUACUUGACUAUUGUAAUGGUCUUCUGAAUGGACUCCCACAAAAGAGCAUUAAACAACUGCAGCUCCUUCAGAAUGCUGCAGUUCAGGUUCUGACCAGAACAAAGAGGCCAGAGCAUAUUACUCCAAUUCUAAAGUCUUUACACUGGCUCCCAGUCAUCUUUAGAAUAGUUUUUAAAGUUCUGCUACUGGUUUAUAAAUCACUAAACGGUUUAGGUCCUGAAUACAUGAAAGAAAUGCAAAUGGAAUAUAAACCCAGUGGGGCUCUGAGAUCUACAGUCUCAGGUCAAAUAGUGGCGCACAGUCCAAAGGAAACAAGGUGAAGCAGCAUUUAGCUAUUAUGCUGCACACAAAUGGAAUAAGUCGCCAACAAAAGUGACGUCAGGCCCAAGUGUGAAUUUUUUAAAAUCCAGGUUAAAAACUCUUCUUUGUUCUCAUGCUUUUUAGAGCAUUUCCACUUUUAAAUUAUAUUUCUUGCCCUGUAUGCUGUUUUAAUUGUACGUUUUUUCCAUCUUUGUUUUAAAAGUGAAUAAGCUGUUUUUUUUCUUUGUUUUUAAAUGCUUUUAAUCAUGUAAUGCAUAUUGAGUCACCUUGUGUCUGAAAUGCGCUAUAUAAAUAAAUUUGCUUUGCUAUCUGCUAUUUUAUAUAUAUUUUUUUUUUAUGGGUGGGUUAGCGUCCAAGACGGUAGCUUCUGGUCUGCUUGGAACAUGCAAGCCUUUACUCUGGAUCUGUUCUUCAGCUGGUAGAAGGCGGUUUGAUUUCGUGAUUGAGUUGAUAUGACUGCUGAAAGUCAGAGCGGAAUCUAAAAUUGGUUCUACUCUCAGAUUUCAAGGAAUGUACUCAGUUGUUGUGUUUUUGAAUGUUUGCAUUUUUUCA